AUGCCACCAUCCGGAACUGAUCAACAUCCUAUAGAAUUAUCCAGCGACAUUGCAUCAUACGCAGGUUCACCAUAUCAAGGUCCUGAUGAAUGGGACCAAUAUUUUAACCAAUUUAGCUUUUAUCACACCCCCGAGCAUCCACCACCUACAUACCCACCUCCUCAAACUCCACCUCUUCCAAAAGAAGACGAACCAAAAUCCCCGGAUCAAUUCAAGGAGCAACAACAACCACAACAAAGGAAGAUCCAUACCGGCGUUCGAAUGUCGUUGCGUGCCAGAGAAUGGUCUAGUUCUCUUCCACCUCUCCCACCUUCAUAUCCAUCUAUACUAGAGGACCCACAAAUGGGUGGACGCUGCCACACAACUCCAGCAGUGGACCCAGCACCUGUGGGUUAUGACAACCCCAUUCCUACCUACCCAAACCCAACAGGGUUUGAUAUCCCUUACGCCGCAGCAGCAGCAGAUUAUGCUUACCCAGCUCCAUCCUAUGACCCAUAUUUACAGGCGGUCAUUCAAAAUGCACUUCACCCACCUCCUUUUCCUCCCACCUACCAAAAUCCUGGUUAUCCAAAUGCAGGAUACGAGUUCCGGUUGUGCCUCAACCACAACCACCUCAACCACCAGCUCUUCUCGAAGUAA